GAGGUCCUCGUUUUCAAAACAAACAAAAUGGCGGCGCACAUGACAUGGGGUCUUCGCCAGUUGUUACGGGCAAAAAACACGUCUCGCUUUAGGAUUCCAGUCAAGACCGGAAGCUGGUACCACUCACAGUGCAGGAGCCAGAUCUUCAGAAGAGUUCAGCCUCCGCCUGGGACGAGAACCACACACUUCUCAACAAGAUACCUGUCCAUCCAGACUCAAGACACUCCAAACCCCAGAAGCUUGAAGUUUCUCCCUGGUAAACCUGUCCUAGGAUCUGGGACGCUUGACUUCCCGUCUUCGAGCUCAGCUGAAUGCUCAUCUUUAGCCAGGAACCUCUUUGAAAUUGAAGGAGUUCAAAGUGUGUUCUUUGGCCCUGACUUCAUCACAGUCACUAAAACAGAUGAGGAUGUGGAAUGGACGGACAUUAAACGUCACACGUUGGAGGCCAUUGCUAAGUUCUUUGAGAGUGGUGACCCAAUAACAACAGGAGCAGUGUACCAUGAAAGCAGUCAUUCUGAAGAUGAUGAUGAUAUUGUAGCUAUGAUAAAGGAGCUUCUGGACACUAGAAUCAGACCUACAGUGCAGGAGGAUGGAGGCGAUGUCAUUUUUAAGGGGUUUGACGACGGCACAGUCAAGCUGAAGCUGGUUGGUUCCUGCACAGGGUGCCCCAGCUCCACGGUUACACUGAAGAACGGCAUUCAGAACAUGCUUCAGUUUUAUAUCCCAGAAGUAGACAACGUGGAACAGGUGGAAGAUGAAGUGGAUGAAAUCAACGCAAAGGUUUUCUCAGAGCUGGAACGCAAGUUACAAGAAUGAGAACUUUGACCAAAAGAAAAAUAUGUUCCACUGUGUAUAAAUCAGCCAUGCAUCAUUUCCACUAAUGACCUUGCUACGGUUAUAAGAAAGAAGAGAGAAAAUAAUUGCCUGCUGUUUUGUGUGCAUACUAUAUACUGUUAAGAGUUCAAGCUGUAAUGUAUAUGUACAUACUGUAUGCCCCUGUUACCAAGAAAAGGAGAUACAGGAAAUAUACCUGUAUACAUUCUUCUAACCAGUCUAAAAUGUUUUGCAGUAAUAACUGUAAAUGUAGUGAUGUAUUUAUUUCUUAUAAAAAUUGUAUAUUUUGAAAGAAUAUUUUCAUAGGAUGGUGAUAUUGUCAAAGUUUUUGACAUUGUUUAUGGUCAUCCAGAAUGAGGAUUUGGUGAGGUAUUUUCAGUUGCGGCCAUAUAUCAAAUGAAACAUAAAUUAACCGUUUUACUUGUUAAUGCAUCAUCUAUUAAUGAAGAAUUAAUAAGUAGGUUUACAGUCUUAUAUGAUCUUUAUGCUAUAUUUAUCUGCUUUUUGCGCUGUUCUUCAGAUUUACUGUAUCACAUCAAAGUUCACAGUUUGAAAGCAAAUC